AUGGGCGUGUGCGCCUCGUGCUGCGGCGGCUCAAAGUCGUCGGCCCCGUACGAACCCCUCUUGCUCGACAACGAGCGCGAGGCCGUCGCAGACUUGUUGCAGUACCUCGAGAACCGCUCCGCCACCAACUUUUUCACCGGCGACCCGCUGCGCGCUCUGUCGACCCUUUCCUACUCGGACAACGUCGACCUCCAACGCUCCGCCGCGCUCGCGUUCGCCGAAAUCACCGAAAAGGACGUACAGGAAGUCUCGCGAGAGACGCUCGAGCCCAUCUUGUUCUUGUUGAACAGCCAUGAUGUCGAGGUACAGCGGGCGGCGAGCGCGGCGUUGGGUAACUUGGCUGUCAAUGCCGAAAAUAAGCUCACGAUCGUCAAACUCGGAGGCCUCGAACCCCUCAUCCGUCAGAUGCUCUCGCCCAACGUCGAGGUCCAGUGCAACGCCGUCGGGUGCAUCACAAAUCUUGCGACGCAUGACGAGAACAAGUCCCGCAUCGCCCGCUCGGGCGCCCUCAACCCCCUCACCCGCCUCGCCAAAAGCAAGGACAUGCGUGUUCAGCGUAACGCGACGGGUGCGUUAUUGAAUAUGACGCACUCGGACGAAAACAGGCAACAACUCGUCGCUGCGGGCGCCAUUCCCGUCCUCGUCUCCCUCCUCGGGUCGUCCGACACCGACGUCCAGUACUACUGCACCACCGCUCUCUCCAACAUCGCCGUCGACGCCGACAACCGCCGCAAGUUGCAGCAGUCUGAGCCACGCCUCGUCGCCAACUUGAUUGCGCUCAUGGAUUCCCCCAGCUUGAAGGUCCAGUGCCAGGCCGCGUUGGCGUUGAGGAACUUGGCGUCCGAUGAAAAGUACCAAGUCGAGAUCGUCAAGAACGGCGGCCUCCCCGCGCUCCUCCGCCUCCUCCGCUCGUCCUUCCUCCCCCUCGUCCUCUCCGCCGCCGCCUGCGUCCGAAACGUCUCUAUCCAUCCUGCGAACGAGUCGCCCAUCAUCGAGUCGGGCUUCUUGGCGCCGUUGAUCGACUUGCUUGCGUACGACGAGAACGAGGAGGUUCAGUGCCACGCCAUCUCGACCCUGCGCAACCUCGCCGCGUCGUCAGAGUCGAACAAGCGCGCGCUCGUCGACGCGGGCGCGGCGGAGCGGAUCCGCGACCUGGUCUUGCAGGUGCCCGUUGCUGUUCAGUCGGAGAUGACUGCGUGUGCGGCAGUGCUUGGCUUGUCUGAGGACAUCAAGGCCGAGUUGCUCGACCUCGGCAUCCUCGAGGUGCUCAUCCCUCUCACGGCAUCGGCGAGCGUCGAAGUGCAGGGCAACGCGGCCGCGGCAAUCGGAAACUUGUCGUCGAAGAGCGACGACUACUCCGCCUUCGCAUCGACUUGGCGCGAACCCGCAGGCGGGCUCGAAGGAUACCUCACUCGUUUCCUCGAGUCUGAGGAUUCCACAUUCAGUCACAUCUCGGUAUGGACCUUAGUCCAGCUCCUCGAGUCCGGCGACGCCCAACUCGAGUCCCUCAUCCGCUCCUCGUCCGCAAUCCUCCCGCUCGUCCGCCGCCUCGCCGAAGCGCCACAGCCGUCGUCGGAGGCUUCGGACGAUGAGGAUGCAGAGUCGGGCGCGCGCGAGAUUGCCGAGUUGGCGCGGUCGGCGGUCGAGUUGAUCGAGGACGGCGGCGAGGUGGAUGCACAGUAG